GCUCCUGUAAUUGUCCACACACAGCUGUAAAACACUGGGUUGAUUUGUUUUACACUUUUCCUGGUCCAUCACUUUUCCAAGCGUUGCAUAACUCUCCCCAUGUCACCUCGGUCUUUUUUUCCAGCUCUGGCACAAUGCAGCGUCAUGCGAAGGCAGCAGGAAAGUGCCUCUGGCAUGGCAGGCAGCGGGGACAGAUGGUGGAUCCAGCUCAGAUGCACAAGGAGAAGCCCCAGCAGAACGGAUGAAUCAUCAUUCCACCAACUGCUUCUCUCUGCACGUCAGGAUUUAGCUCGCUCACACUUUGUUUUAGCCAACAACAACAAAAAAAGUCUGUAUUUACAGGCAAUAAGCGCUUCAGAGGGAUUAUUUUUCAGCAAAUGGAGCUAAAUCUUGAAGCUUUCACAAGAUGUUGGAAUAAUCAGUCUCUAAAAGUCUUGGGGCAAAGUUCUUAAACUGUAAAAUAUUCAUAGACAUAUGGGACUGAACAAGUUUUAGUUAACAUCUGCCUAUCUGAUUUUCUUAAAAAGUGCAGUAGCUUGAUGAAACCAACAGCUUGUCAUGGAAAACCUGCUUUAUCCAGAGUCGAUGUCAAAAAACACAGUAUCUGUUGAAACUAACUGUGUUUAAAUACAAAUUAUGCCAGUUUUUAAUUUUAUUUUACAUGCAGAUAUUGUCAGAUUAACUUUCUUGAGUGAGGUCAAGACUGCAGACAGAAGAUCCUCUUCCCACAUCAUCUAACUGGUUUUCUUUCAGAUUCCCAAGUUUUUUGUCUUUUUAAAUCAGCUUUGUAUUAAUUUCUCUUUGUUGUCUUUUAUGAAACUUUGUGAUCUUGAAAUGUGCUACAAAAAUUACAUUUUACUCACUUACUUACUGAAACUGAAUUGUUUCUAAUUCAAAAAUAUUGAUUCAAAUCUAAACAAGUGAGCUGUAUGUAAUUUGUUGUAGCUUAACUUUUAAAAAUAUAUUCCACAAUGCUUGUGCUCAGAGGGAAACUUCACCGUAGCUUCACGGCUUUCCGGUUGUAUCGAGUCGUGCUUCACCAGGUGCUGAGACGCAGCAGGUAACGCGUCUGCGUCACUCACAGCUGAACCGAGACGUUGAUUGGCUCGUUUGGAGCUCCGCGGGGUCUCCGCGCUCCUCCUCUCCACCGGAGCCCAGCCUGCCUGCGUGCCUGCUUGCUCUGCGCUUGUUGCGGGGUUUGUGCACUCUUCUUGGACAGACACGCCGAGGAGGAGAAGGUGAAGUUGUCGUGUGCGUCAGGCAGAAAGAGGAGAAUAAAAUUUUGACUUCUGGCUGGGUUUUUUUUAUUGGUCAAACUGGGAGGGAGUAAGGCACCGGGGCGAGUUUGAGGCGUUUAUCUGCGAGAACCACGGAUACCCAACAUUAUGCGGUGCAAUUAUGGCAGGCAAGGAUAAGACAGUCGUGAGGACGCUGGAGGAUUUAACGCUUGAUUCUGGUUAUGGUGGAGCCGCGGACUCGGUCAGGUCGUCCAGCGUGUCGCUCUGCUGCUCCGACACGCACCAGUCCGUCUCGCAUGGAGGCAACUACUGGCAUCUGACGGAAUCCAUGCACAGCAGACACAACAGUUUGGAUACGGUCAACACCGUCCUGGCGGAGGACACGGAGAUCCUGGAGUGUGGGGGACACUGCGCCAAGCUGCCCGAGCUGGAGGAGGUACCGUGGAGCCUCGGAGAGGUGGAGGGCGCACUGAGGAAGGACGAGGAGCUGAUGCUGGGGAACCCGACUCCGGAGGUCCUGGCGCGGCUGUCCGCCCUCAUCAGCCGGGCGCUGGUGAGGGUGGCCCGGGAGGCGCAGCGACUCAGCCUGCGCUACGCCAAGUGCACCAAACAUGAGAUCCAGAGCGCCAUCAAGGUGGUGCUUUCAUGGACCAUCUCGGUGAACUGCAUCACGGCGGCGCUCAGCGCGCUUUCCCUCUACAACAUGUCCAGUGCCGGAGACAAGUUCAGCCGCGGCAAGUCGGUGCGCUGCGGCUUGGUGUUCUCCGUGGGGAGGUUCUUCAGGUGGAUGGUGGAUAGCCGGGUGGCCCUGAGGAUACACGAGCACGCCGCCAUCUACCUGUGCGCCUGCAUGGAGAGCCUGUUCAGGGAGGUGUUCGGCCGCGUUCUGCGCAGCGCGCUGGUGGAGAGGGACAACGGGAUCCCCAAGAUCACGCUGGAGUCCAUGGAGCAAGCCAUCAGCAACGACUCGGAGAUCUGGGGUCUGCUGCAGCCCUACCAGCACCUCAUCUGCGGCAAGAAUUCAAGUGGUGUGCUGAGCCUGCCAGAAAGUUUGAACCUGCACCGAGACCAGCAGCGCUCAGGGAGAGGCGGCGAGGGUCACGGAUACUCCCAGGCCGAGCUGCGCACACUCGAACAGUCGCUGCUGGCGACCCGAGUGGGCAGCAUCGCGGAGCUGAGUGAUUUGGUUUCCCGGGCCAUGCAUCACCUCCAGCCGUUACACAUCAAGAACCCGAGCAACGGGACGCCGGUCCACCAGAAGAGCAGCUCCACGGUCCACUGGGAACCCGAAGCGCUUUACACCCUCUGCUACUUCAUGCACUGCCCACAGAUGGAGUGGGAGAACCCCAACGUGGAGCCGUCCAAAGUCACCCUACAAACCGAGAGGCCGUUCUUGGUUCUGCCUCCGCUGAUGGAGUGGAUCCGGGUGGCAGUCGCCCACACCGAACACAGACGGAGCUUCUCUGUCGACAGCGACGACGUGAGACAGGCCGCCAGGCUGCUGCUGCCUGGGGUGGACUGUGAGCCGCGGCAAAUAAAAGCUGAAGAUUGUUUCUGCGCCACCCGGAAGCUGGACGCAGCCUCCACCGAGGCCAAGUUCCUGCAGGAUCUGGGCUUCAGGAUGCUCAACUGCGGCCGGACGGAUCUGGUCAAGCAGGCCGUCAACCUGCUGGGGCCCGAUGGGAUUAACAGCAUGAGCGAACAGGGGAUGACGCCUCUCAUGUACGCCUGCGUGCGCGGCGACGAGGCCAUGGUCCAGAUGCUGCUGGACGCCGGCGCCGACAUCAACAGCGAGGUGCCAAGCACAGUAAACAAGCACCCCUCAGUUUACCCCGAAACGCGCCAGGCGACGCCACUCACGUUCGCCGUGUUGCACGGACACAUCCCUGUCGUGCAGUUGCUGCUGGAUAACAGAGCCAAUGUGGAGGGCGCCCUGCAGGAUGGGGCGGAGAACUACACAGAGACGCCGCUCCAACUUGCUGCAGCUGCAGGAAACUUUGAGCUGGUGAGCUUGCUGUUGGAAAGAGGAGCAGACCCCAUGAUCGGGACGAUGUGUCGAAACGGCAUCUCCUCCACUCCGCUGGGAGACAUGACCUCCUUCAGCCUUGCAGCGUCGCACGGACACAGGAAUGUUUUCCGGAAGCUUCUGUCCCACUCAGAGAAGGAAAAGGGGGACGUUUUGUCCCUGGAGGAGAUCCUGGCCGAGGGUUCGGAUCCCGGGGAGAAGAGGCUGGCCCCGCAGGCCAACUGCAGCGGGACGCUGCGAACAGGAAAGGCCAAACUGCGGGCCCUGAGAGAGGCCAUGUACCAUAGCGCAGAGCAUGGCCAUGUGGACAUCACCAUUGACAUCCGCAGCUUAGGCGUUCCUUGGACGCUGCACACCUGGCUCGAGUCCCUGCGCACCUGCUUCAUGCAGAACCGCCGGCCGCUGAUCCAGGGUCUGCUCAAAGACUUCAGCUGCAUCCAGGAGGACGAGUACACUGAGGAGCUGAUCACACACGGCCUCCCGCUCAUGUUCCAGAUCCUGCGAACCAGCAAGAAUGAAGCGAUUAGCCAGCAGCUGUCGGUCAUUUUCACGCAGUGCUACGGACCUUUCCCCAUCCCCAAACUGACAGAGAUCAAGAGGAAACAGACCUCACGCCUGGACCCCCACUUCCUGAACAACAAGGAGAUGUCUGACGUCACCUUCCUGGUGGAGGGGAAACCGUUUUAUGCACACAAGGUGUUGCUGUUUACGGCAUCAGCCAGGUUCAAGUCUCUGCUCCAGAACAGACCAGCAGCAGAAAACACAUGCAUUGAGAUCAGUCAUGUCAAAUACAACAUUUUCCACCUGGUCAUGCAGUAUCUGUACUGUGGAGGCACAGAGUCUCUGCACAUCCGCAACACAGAAGUGAUGGAGCUCCUGUCUGCAGCCAAGUUCUUCCAACUAGAGGCCCUUCAGAGACACUGUGAGAUCAUCUGCUCCAAGAAUAUCACCACUGAAACCUGCGUGGACCUUUACAAACACGCCAAGUUUCUCGGCGCGUUGGAGCUAACGGCGUUCAUCGAGGGCUACUUCCUGAAGAACAUGGUGCUGCUGGUUGAACUGGACGCCUUCAAGCAGCUCCUGUACGAGCCGCUCGCCGCCACCUCCGCCGAGAGCCCCGCGUCCAGCCCCGGCCUCUGCUCCGACAUCCUCCACGACCUGGAGAAGACCCUGGCCACUCGCAUCCACUCCAUCCACCUCUCCACCUCCAAGGGCUCGGUGGUGUGACCGCCGCCCGCCCCAUUCCCAUCCAGCCGCAGCAUCGAUUUUAGCAAACACUGUCCCGCCCACGUCAAACUGCUGUUGGACGAUCUACCGCCAGGAUUUCCCUUUAAUUCUGCUGCUUGUUGAACGUUAAUGUAGACGUUUGUGACUAAAUUUUAUUUUUUUGCCUUGAGCUCCUGUCCCGACGGAUAAAAACAAACCUGGCUUGGUCAAGACGCCUCAUUCACAAUAAUCCAACUCUCAACUGUAUUUCACACAGAACACGUGCAUGAAAUACAUAUUUUACACUUUUUUCACUCAGAUUUUAAAGUAGAAGUUUUACUCAUUCAAUACAAAUGAUACAUUUUCUGGAAGUGGACGCCAUGGCAGCAAAUUAAAUCCAUGCUAUACAACCCGUAGCAAUGUGAGGAGUUUUAAGGUGGACUUGCUUACAUUUCAGUCUGUCAGUGUCUUCUCGCUGGACACGUUUCACUGUGUUUUAUCUGCCAUGUCGCAGAAGCCAAACUGAUCACAGGAACUUCCGCCGUGGCCGCCGCCGCCGCCGAGCCGGUUCCAAUAAACCAGAAAUCUAUGCUGACUGAUUCCUAAAACGCGGGAAAUAAUUUGUCUUUUUGCAUGACACCUCCUUUACUGAGCUGCCAUUAUGUUGCUUUUUUAUGCACAGCUUACUUCGUGGACCUCUUUUCUGAGCGGGAAGUAAAAGAAUUUGCUGCUCAUUAACUUUUUAUUCGCCACAAGACAGAGCGGGAUUCUGGAGACGGACCACGUGUUUUUGAAAGCAAACUGUAAAUAUCUUCUGAAAGUCAUCGUUUUUGCAAGAUGGUAUAAAAUCCCCACACUCACUCGCCUGGCUGACGACACCGGCCUCACUAAACGUGCUCCCCGCUGUGCGUCCGGAUUAUGCAAACUUGCAUGUUUAAUCCAUCUGUAUGACUUGUGUGUUAUGCAACAUCGCACUGUGGGAUGCUGGUUGCUCCAGUUUUAGCUGAACCUAAGGGUUUCCCCUCAAAUAAUUUUUGCUGUGAAACAUCCCAGAUAGUCAGGAUAGAUUACAAAAUUCAGGCUAGUCUGCAGCAUUUAAAUCUACCAUCUGUGUAUUAAGUUAUCUUAGCUGUUUAGUAUUGAAAUAAACUUCCUAGUUCAAUUGAGAUUACACACAAAAUAAACAUUGUUUGGUGGUAAAAGGGAGGCAGAGGUGGAGCAAAUGUAAAGAUCAACUUUUUAAAAAGUCUAGAAAUCCCAAAAAUAAACUAAAAGUAUUGAAACUAAAUAAAUAAGAAACCAAAGACGAAACUCAAAUAUGACAAAUAAUGUCCAACACAUGACAAGGAGCUAAUAAAAUGCUAGCAUUUUGAUGUCUAAUCAAAUUUAUGUUGAUUUCUGGAAAACAAAGUGAUAUAGUUGCACUUAAAAAACGAAAAUGAACAUUGUUUUCAUAAUUAAACAAAAGAUAUCAAGAGAAAUUUCAGACUCAGUUUGUGAAGAAAUAUUUUUUCUGGUCUUUCUUGCAAACUUAAAUCUUCAUGUUUCUCUUUGAGAGCAUCAAUAAAGUUAAACUUGUUUCUUCCUUACACUUUCAUAUCAAAAGUAACACAAACCUGCUGUAGGUUGUGCGGUGACAUUUUAGGGAUUUUGGAGAGUUCUUUUAACAUCUUCCCUCAGGGUGAAGAUGUUAAAAGAACAUCUGCUCUCAGGGUGAACAUGAUUUGUCGGCCAACAUGGACAUGUCAGCAGUUGUUUUAUUUUGAAAUAUCUGAUUACAAAUUAUUCUGAAACGUCUUAACUCUUUUCUCUCACGUAAACAGUAAUCAGACUAAAGAUGUCUGAGAUUUAAAAUUGGAAACUUUCUAAAAGACUUGAUAGUCUUUUCUUUUAUUGUUUAUUUAAAUUAUUUAAAAAAUUUAUUAUUGUUAAAUACAUAUUAAAUACCUCCAUGUCUAAAUUUUUCUGAAAACCACUGAAUCUUGUUGGAGGUAAUCACAUUUUCACAUGAAUGUAUAAUGACAGAAAUACUUAAAUAUUAAAGCUCCUUCCAGAUCAUGCCAAAUAUUUUUGCAAAGCUUUUUUUUUAAAAAAAACCCCCAAAAAAACAAUCUGUUUGUGUUGCAUCUGAAUGGUCUGGAUCUCCGAAAAUCAUUAAAAAGCACCCAGUUUCUGCAUUCUCUCUCGGUAUUUCAGCACUAAAAGCUGCAACAGUUAAGUAAAUUUUAUGUUUUCUUCCUACGUAUUUCCUUUGAUUUCAUAAAAUUAAAAUACAAGCUGAAAAGGUCCUGAGAAGAAACGGUGAAAUUAUAAAAAAAACACGAGUUACCAUGGAUUUUAAUGAAGUUCAUAUCUAUUAUCGCCCCCUGCUGGUAUAGCAUGGGUUUUACAACAUUUUGAUCAUCCAUCUUAAGGACAAAAUGUGUAGAAAAUCAAGAAAUCAUCCAGGAAAUUAAUAAUUAGCAGUUUAAAAAAUUAAGUCUACUAAAUACAGACUUAAUACAAAGUGUGAAUUUAACAAAAGUUUAAAAAAAACAUCUCUUGGUAAUUUGUGCAUUGAAUUUUCCACACAACAGUACUGACCCUUAGCAUGUACGUCACUCUAUCAUUCGAGGCGCCAUGUUGGACGUCGGAAGUGAGGGACGGGAGUAUUGAACAGGACUGUUUUCGCAUGGGUAUGACUGUUUUCCAAAGUUGUUUUUUCCAGUUUAUUCGUGGCUUCUACUUGUUCGAGUCAAGCUAAUUUGCCUGUGAACGUAACUCACCUGGUUGGGCCUCAUUGAUGACGGUAUUCACAAAAAUUGGAAACAGCUAGCUUAGAAACCGACCCAUAUCUCCUCCCUGGUGAUGUGUUGAUCAAUUUACCGACUUUGCCUGAAUUCACACCACAUGAUAUAUGUCAAUGUGUCCUAAACAGCGUUUUUCUUUACACCGGAACAACAUUAAAAACAUACAAAAGAGAAGAUGCUAACCAGUUUUUUUUCCCAUAUGCGCUAGGCUACAUGACGGUGCGGCAUUGUUUCCAUGGUUACCAAUGGCUAGACGCGUACCGUCUCCAUAGUGCGAUAUUUCAUAUCUUUCUAAUUAUACAUACUUAUAAAAUGUAUGAACGUUAAUCUUGUAAAAAAAAAAAAAAUGUUCGCUGCAAAUCCGCGAUUACACUGAAGGCUGAGUCAUUAUGAUUAACAACUGCUAUCCAUCGCUGCCAUAUAAGAACUUAUAAAAUAAAAUGACAAGUUUAGUUUCUAUCCGACCGCGCAGCACUCUAUGACCAUUUUUAAAGUGAAAUAGAAUAAAUAAAAGCGAUGUUAGACUACCGGGUGUUUUUUUUUUUUUUUUUUUUUUUUUUUUGACAGCCUUUCCAGAACCAUAUUGGUCGUUUUGAUGUCCGUCAUGGCGGAGUGGAGCGUGACGUCAUGUGAAAAGGGUCAAUAUAUAUUUUUUUAAAUCUUUAAAAAAGUAAAUACCAAGUAAUUCCCCUCAAUGCUAACAGAGGUCCCUAGUAUUUAGUAAUAGUUUUUUUGUUUUGUUUUUCAAAUAUUGACAAUUCAUUAAGAAGUUCUCAAGUUUUAUGCAUUCAGUUGUAUUUUAAUAUACGGCUGAAAUCUAUUUAAUGAAUGUAACACAAAGCGGAUGGAGGUUAGGAAAUUGUGCAUUUUUUUUCCAGCAACAGACCAAAUCCAACAGUCAAAUCAGUUUUCAUUUUUACAUGUAAUGUUUGUUUCACUAUCAACCACUAUUUAUAUUCUUAUGAAAUAUAAUUAUUGUAGCACACUCAAAAUUACAUCCAUAUUUUAGCCCAAAUUUUGAGAAAAUCUUAACAUAAUAUAUGAACUUCUAUAAAUAUUGACAGAUUAUAGAUGCUAUACUACAGUUUUAUUUUCUUAUUUACAUGCAUAGCAGUAUAUAUUUUAUUUUACAUUCAGCAGUUUUGAAAAGAAUAUAUUUAAUAAUGCUUUAAGAUAUUUAGUAGAAGCAAUAUUUACAUCAGAUUUUGUUCCCAUGAGGUUAGCUAUGGCGUAAAUGUGAGCUAAAUGAGUGACUGAAAUUUGCUUAAAUAUAUAUAUUUUUAGUUAAAUAUCUGUGGCAGCCCAGGGUGUGUUUUUGUUUCUUUUACCCUGAAUGCUUUAAAGAGUUUACUGUAUGUUAAUAACUUAAAUGAAUCAUCACAUAUUCACAUAUUUUAGUGGAAACGCUUUAUUUGAAAGUGAUAUAUAACCUGAUGCAAACCAAGGUUCAUGAUGAUGUCAAGCACUUUUUUUGUGCCAGUGUUACUGUAGCCUCACACAAUCAGAGUAUUUUACCAGUGAGCUUGAGUUAAAGUCUUAUUGUGACCCAACAGCAACUAAAGUAUGAAAAUAAAGUCAAAGAUUUUAUGCCUAUCUGUUUCUGUUAGUCUUAAUGUUACGCCAGUAGCAAAAAAACAGCUUAGCUUGUCCCAUUUCUGGCAUUUCAGGCCCAAAAUGGGUCAAAGCUGUAGAGUAAAUGUCAGUUUGCAUGGCUCUUCUUGUUUAAUGUUGUUGGGAAUGUGUUCUGUACAGCAGCUUUGUCUCAACACCCUCCUUUGUGUUUAUCUGAGCAUUUAUUAUCCUGCGUAUUUGUUACUGGUAAUAUACUUAAUUUUCCCUAGACACAGUGAUAACUUGCAUGGGUUAGUUUAAAUCCACACGAGGAUGAAACUUUUGCUACUUCUGUUCCUUUGAAGGGAAAAUGUACAUUGUACAAAUUAUAUAUAUAUACAUAUAUAUAUAUAUAUAAAAUAUAAAUUAUACAUGGUGUAAGAAGCAGAGAUGUGGUGGAGUAUAACAACAAAGAGAAAUGUUACACUCAUGCUACGGUUUCUGUCGUUCCAUGACAUGAUAUUGUGGACAGCUAAUAAAGACCUCAGUUUAAAAACACCUAAA